UUCCUCUUGCUUUUCUUGUCUUCAGUUCGGACUUUUGUGCAGGUUUUUUCCCGGUUUCGCUCGGUUUUCCUCGGGACGGGCGCGUGUCACCGGUGGAAUGGGUCCCGUGGAGCUCCUGCACAUGUCAGUGUUCUCUCAGAGCUUCUCGCCAUGUGGACGCUUCCUCGCCGCAGGAAACGGUUACGGAGAGAUCGCCCUCUUCAGUCUCUCUGCAGCUCUGAGUCCAGACUCCACCCCCCUCAGCCACAAACCCGUGCUCACCUUUACCGCUCAUGAGGGUCCAGUCUUGGCUCUGGUCUCGUCGGAGAGUCUUCUAUUUAGUUGUGGAAAUGGAGAAAUCAGAGUCUGGAGCUGGAGCCACCUGCUCAAGAAGAAUGUGAAGCCGCUGUGGACCAAACGGCCGGAUUACAAGCUUGGUCUGGAGAUCCCCGAAAUCAACGCCAUGAUCCUUCUCUCCAAAGAGAACUCUCUGGUGGUUGGAGGAGGAGACAACAAUCUUCAUGUCCUCGAUCUGGAGACUGGAGAUUUUAAGAGUGUUCUGAGAGGGCAUCAGGACUACAUCCACUGUGUGUGUGAGCAAGAGCGCGAAGGUCAGAUCCUGUCGGGGUCCGAAGACGGUGCCGUGAGGAUCUGGGACCUCAGAUCGUCUCAGUCAGUUCACAUCAUCGAGGUUCAUAAAUACGAGGCAUGUGCUCGGCCGCAGUACGGGAAGUGGAUCAGCUGUUUGGCCACAGACAACGACUGGAUGUUGUGCGGUGGAGGCCCCUCGCUCGCCCUGUGGCACCUGCGCUCUCUCUCCCCGACCUCGGUGUUUCCUCUGAGCGGCUGCACACGGCACGCCGCCUUCUACCAGGACCUUAUCCUGGCGGUGGGGGAGGGGCCUCUGGUAUCCCAUUGCAUGCUGGGAGGAGACGUGAAGGCACAGAUACCAAGUUCUUCCCCGAAUCUCAACUGUCUCCAGAUCAACUCCAAGAGCAGCGAGCACCGGAUGCUGACCGUAGGAGGCAGCAGUGACCACAUUGACGUCUUCACAAACCUGUCGUACAGAGCCUUCUCUCUCUCCUUCUGAUUUUAACUUUUGCUUUUCUAAUAAAAUGUUUUUGUAGUAAAA